AAAUCAUCACGGCGAUUUCUUGCAAUUUACCUCUUAUCUUUUCUUUUCCAAAUUGCUACUACAAUUUUAAAGUAUCUCUUGCUCUUCUAUGGAUAGGAGUAUGUCUGAGCAGCAGAACAGCGAGCCACAGGCAGUGGAGGAGCCCAAGGGCCGACCCGUCGGCGGCACCGAGUACAGCUGGUGCAAGGCCGUGCCCGGUGGCACCGGCAUAACUGUUCUGGGUCUUCUCCUCUCAAAAACCCCAGACUUGUCAGUUCUCCAAAAUGCCCUCCACAACCUCCAAAUUACCCACCCUAUACUCCGGUCCAAGCUCCACACCGACACCCCCACCACCAAUUACAGCAACACAUUCUCCUACAGAUACAUGACACCACCUACCAGCCCUCUAGAUCUCUUCCAAAUCCAAUGGUUCGAUCUUCCAUCGACGGCUCACGUCCUCCAAACCACUAACGACAACGACGACGACAACUCCUUUGACUCUGAUCCCUUCCACCUGAUCCUCGAACACGAAUUGAAUCGAAACACCUGGAGUAGGAAUAGUGCUAGUACUAGUAGUGACGACACCGACGUGCUCUUUGCCAGCGUGUACAGUCUAAGUGAUGAGAAGUGGGUGGUGGCGCUCCGCCUUCAUACGUCGGCGUGUGACCGGAUGGCGGGGGUGUGGUUGCUGAGGGAGCUGUUGGAGUUGUUGAUAUUGAGGAUGAGAGGGAAGGAGGAGGGGGAAUCAGGCAGUGGUGGGCUGCAGGAGGAGGUUAUUAGUUUGGGAAUUGAGGAUUAUAUUCCGAGUGGUAAAGAUAAAAAGCCUUUUUGGGCACGAGGAGUGGACAUGUUGGGCGACUCUUUGAAUUCUUUCAAGUUGUCAAAUUUAGACUUUAGAGAUGUCCAUUCCCCAAGAGCUUCCCAGGUGGUCAGGUUGCAGAUAGCGUCACAACACACUCAUGGGAUUAUUUCUGGUUGCAAGUCAAGAGGGAUCAGACUAUGCGGGGCCUUGGCAGCUGCCGGAUUAAUUGCUGCUCGAUCCUCUAAAGACCUUCCUGAUGAUCAGUGGGAGAAGUAUGCAGUUGUGACCCUCAUCGACUGCCGUUCGAUUCUUGACCCAGUUCUUAGCAGCCACCAUCUUGGGUUUUACCAUUCUGCCAUCGUAAACACACAUGGCAUACGAGGAGGUGAAAAUUUCUGGGAGCUGGCAAAGAGAACCUACACAGCCUUUGCGGAUGCUAAGAACAACAACAAACAUUUCUCAGACAUGGCAGACCUCAAUUUUCUCAUGUGCAAGGCAAUUGACAACCCUGGUUUGACUCCAUCAUCAUCCCUGAGGACUUCCUUCAUUUCUGUGUUUGAGGACUCUGUGAUCGACCAUUCUAACAAGUCGCUGCGAGAGAUCGGACUGGAGGACUACCUUGGGUGCGCUUCGGUUCACGGAGUGGGCCCGUCUAUUGCCAUCUUCGACACGAUACGGGAUGGAGAACUGGACUGUGCCUGUGUGUACCCAUCGCCAUUGCAUUCGAGGAAACAGAUGCAAGAGCUCGUUAAUAAGAUGAAAAGGAUUCUAGUUGAUGCCAGUACUUGUGUGGAGGGUGAGUCGGGUGACUGUUAGCCCUUUUUAUGAAAUUCUGCCAUGCCAGUAACUGUUUCCCUAUGGAUAAUGCAUGCAGGUUCUGUCUGUCUGUCUCUCUCUAUAUCUUUCUAUAUAUGAUGUAUGUAUGCAUAUUACGGAGUAUUUUGUCAGCAGUUAAAUAGGAAUAAAUAGGAAUUAAGACUAUUCAAACUUAUCCUUUGCAUUACAUUUUGAGUUUUGAAUUA